ACACUGUGUGCAGAUAUGUGCGACCGACUUUUGCCCAGACCGGUGGCCUCCAAUGGCGGCUGGCUGUGCUUGCUGCUGCCCACAGCUUUAGCCACCAGUUAUCUGCACACAAACAAGGAAUGCUCCAAUUUGGAUGCUGUGCAUCAACUUCUAAUUGUGGCUGCAUUUGGCAUGUGCCUGGAAACGCUCUGGUUUCUGCUCAACUCCAUCGUCAAAGAUGUGCCUUGUAUCGGUCUAAUGAAGUACCUGCUGAAGUCUGUUAUUAUUACAACAAUCUGGUUUAUUCUGCUGCCCAAAACAAGUUGGAUUUCUUUGAUUGUUGUUGGCUUCAUUGUGCCCCACUUUUAUCAGCAUAUUUAUAUCAGGGUCUUGCGCGGAUUGCCAAAGACUUUUACGUAUGGCGAGGCUGCAAUUCUGGUGCAGGGACUGCUGCUCUUCGUGCUGAAUGCGAUUUGUCGCUUGGCACUCGAGCUGAGCUCAAAUCCCACAACUGAUUUUGGACAGCUGAAUAGGAUUAUGCAGAGUGCUUUAAUGCUGCUGCUCCUUGUUUGCACUCUGCUUGCUGUGGUGCCUCCAUUGCGCCAGCCUCUGCCCUGCUACGUGCUGUUGCUACUGCUGGUGGCAGCUGUGACCUGUGCUCCCGUCACCCAACCCCUGCCACUGAUUGCCCUCCUCCAGUUUUUGGUCAGUGAUCAGAAGAGGCUGUUCAUCAUUGGCUUCUAUCUGCUGCUGGUGGCGCUGACCUGUGCCACCGUCCAUUGGCAGCUAAGGAGCACCCAGCAGGCGACAACCCGCAUCCGCAAGAUUUUCCAUCUGCUCAUUGUGCUCGUCUUUGUUCCCGGUCUGGUGCAUCAGUGUGCCCUGCUUUACAUUGCUACUGGGAUAUCCUUUGCCAUCUUCGUGGUUCUGGAGUUGCUGCGUCUGCUUCAGAUGCCUCCAUUUGCUGCCACACUUUCACAGGCCUUUGACUCCUUCCGGGAUGCGAAGGAUGCGGGGCAAUUGGCGCUGACGCCCUUCUGCCUGCUCAUUGGCUGCUCGCUGCCCAUCUGGCUGACACCCUGUCCAUGUGGAUUGAUCACGUCCGGGCAGAAUCCGCAGCUGUUGCUCCUCCUCUCAGGAAUUUUAGCUGUGGGCGUUGGCGAUACAGCAGCCAGCGUAUUGGGAUCCAAAUUCGGACGCAACAAGUGGCAGAAUUCAGCUCGUUCUGUGGAGGGCACAUUGGCUUUUGUUGCUUCUGUUUUGCUCUGCGUUUUGCUGCUGGAAGUAAGUGGAAUUUUGGCCAUGUCGCAAGCCAAAUGGUUUGCAACGAUUUUUGCUGCCUUGAAUGCGUCGCUGGUUGAGGCAUUCACCGAUCAGGUGGAUAAUCUUGUGCUGCCUUUGGUCUUUUACAUAAUCGUUGGACUCGCCUCCUAAUUCGAUAAUCAAAAAGUGAUAUAUAUUUUUUUACAAAUUUUUUAUAACAUUCCAUUUGUGCCAAAGAUAUGACGUUAUUUUAAAAAAAAACAAAUACAUUUUUUAA